GAACACUAUUCAAAAAUCCUGGCGCUUACUUAGCUGUGUUUCGGGCGAAGGAAGAGGGUGAAUUUUCUAUGCUGAGGUGGAUUCAGUAUCACGAGUCUGGGCGUCCAGUGCUCUCCGGACAGGUCUCGCGUUGCAGCAGCCAGAAAGCGUGAGGAGAGAGGUUGAAAACAGAAAACAUGGAGGCAGAUAUCACAAGUCUUCGAAACAAGCUCAAAGAGUGUGAAGACGAGCGACUGAAGGCCGCACACUAUGGCCUACAGCUCCUGGAGAGGCAGGCGGAACUGCAGAGUCAGUUGGAUAAAUGUCAUGAAGAGAUGAUGUCCACAGCCGAGAGUUAUAACCAAGAGAAGUAUGCCCUUCAGAGAGAAGUAGAGCUCAAGAGUCGGAUGCUGGAAAGUCUGAGCUGUGAGUGUGAAGCUCUGAAACAGCAGCAGAAAACGCAGCUGGAGCAGUUAGAGAUGCAGCUACACAGAAGCCACAGGCAGGAAGUGAGCGACCUGAGGAACAAGCUAGAAAGUCUGAAAGUGGAAUUAGAUGAAGCAAGGCUUAGUGAAAAGCAGCUGCAGCAGAAGCUGGAUCGCCAGGGUGAACUUCUCUCUCACAAGUCGGAAGAACUUCGGCUAAUGUCUGAGCAGCGAGCACUCAAUAACAUGUCUUCGGAGCUGCUGGCUCUGCAGGCUGAGCUAACUGACAUGGAAGGUGCGAAGAAUGCCCUCAAAGAAGAGGUGAACGAACUGCAGUACAAACAAGAGCAGCUGGAGUGUCUCAAUGCUUCCUUACUGCACCAGGUCGACAGGCUUAAGGAAGAGAAAGAGGAGCGAGAGAGGGAAGCGGUCUCUUACUGUAAUGCCUUGGAGAAAGCUCGCGUGGAAAAUCAGGAUCUUCAGGUGCAGCUGGGGCAUGCACUUCAGCAGGCGGCAGACCCCAACAGCAAAGGAAACUCUCUCUUCGCAGAGGUGGAGGAUCGAAGGGUGGCAAUGGAACGGCAGCUCACCUUGAUGAAGGACAAAUACCGCUCACUGAAGAGGCAAAAUGCGUUCACCAGAGAGCAGAUGAACAAGAUGAAGUUACAAAUCUCCACGUUGCUGAGGAUGAGGGGAUCACAAACUGAAUUUGAGCAGCAGGAGCGGUUGUUUGCCAUGGUAGAACAGAAGAAUGGGGAAAUAAAACACCUCUUAGGGGAAAUUAAUAAACUGGAGAAAUUUAAGAGCUUAUAUGAAAGUGUGGACUCCAAACCUUCUGCAUCAGACCACGAUUGUACUCUAGAAGACAGCACCUAUUAUGCAGAGUUACUUCAGCUGAAGCUUGAUAAACUAAACAAAGAAAAUGAAAGCACGAAGGGCGAGCUGUCCAUCCAGAGGAUGAAGGCAUUAUUUGAGAGCCAGCGGGCCCUGGAUCUUGAGCGGAAACUGUUUGCAAAUGAAAGACACCUGCAGCUCUCAGAAAGUGAAAACAUGAAACUGAGAGCUAAGGUAGACGAACUCAAGCUGAAGUACGAACCCGAAGAGAAAAUUGAAGUACCUGUACUCAAAAAGAGGCGUGAGGUGCUGCCGUUGGAUAUACCCACCCCAGAAGAAACAGCUGCUACCACUGGAGAAGAAUUUUCUAAACCCCCACUUCAGAGGGAGGAGGAGUCCUGUCUUAGUAACUUAAAAGAUAAUGCUGUGCAGUGGACACAGCAGGCUUCCGCAUGCAUGCAGCCAGCCAGCCUCUCUCCUCAUAAGAGCCUGCAUCUGGAUACACAGCCGAGGAAGGAGAAGAAGUGUGUGAAGCUUGUGGAUAGUCCAGCCAAAUCUGAGGCCUUACAUGAACAAAGUGGGAACACCCCCAGUUCUCCCAGGUUAACUGCAGAGUCAAGGCUUCCAACAAAAGUGACGGAAAGGAAAGAAACUACAAGCAAAUUGGAAAAAGGAGCUUGUAAGAAGCCACCCAACAUCAUGUAUGUGUCUUCAAAGUCAACCCCAGAGAUGCAGUGCCCCCAGCAGUAGUAAGGUGCUGUGUAUUGGCUGUGCUAACCGUCACUCACUCCUAUGCAUGGGACACCCUUGUGGAGCAUUUGCAUGAGCCAGUGCAGCUCUGAGACCUGGUGUGCUCAUACCUCUGUGACCAAGAAUUCAGAUGUGGCUGUGAUUCUUACCACAGGUUCCUUAACUGAUAAUCCUUCUCAGGACUGUGAAUCACAGGGAACAGACUAUUUUCGGAAGAGAAUGUUAUAAUUUAAACCUAUUUGCUGUGUUGGAUAUGGAAUUUGAGCAUUAUGUGAUUAAUCUAUCUUAAGAACCAAAAAUUAGAAAAUUAAAACAAUUAUUAUAAUUUUCUUUGUACAUCUUUUUGGACUUAUAUUUUCUUUGUCUUGUAAAAAUAGUGAAAAUGGCUUAAAAGAUGUAUUAUUACAAAAUGUUUUUAAAGUUUGAAGUACCUAUAUUCAUAUGUAUAAUUUAGGUUUUCAUGACUCAAGCAUCUAAAUAAUUUUGAAAUUUAAAAUAAAAUUACAACAAUUUCUUCUA